AUGCUGUCGUCACAAGCGAAAAAUAAAAUACUAGCAGGUGCUGUUGCUGUCAUCACAGCUUCGGGUGCGGUUUGGGGUGCAAGCUUGAAGAUGAACCAGGAAGAACAAGAGCGAGUUCAAAGGAGUCUGGAUGCCACACCGGAGGAGAAAAUAAACAGUUUACUACUAGCCAGGGAGAACUUAGUUGCGAAGCGCGGGAUGCUUGAAAAUCAGAUCAAGGGAAUUGAAGCAAGACAGGCUGAGAAAGCAGAACUUAUACGGCAAAAAGAGCAGUAUCAACAGCAACAGCGGACCCCACGAGAAUACCAAUCCCCAAACGACAAGCAAAGGUGA